GGGUGGGAGCUCAGGCGUCCAGCCGUCCGGCCGGGGGGAGGUUUCUGCGAUAAAAUCUGUGUAAAACCCUUUGGUCUGCGAGCACCACAACGCCGCGAGCUCCGAGCCAAGAUGCUGAGUUUCUUCCGCCGGACGCUGGGGCGCCGCUCCAUGCGCAGACACGCAGAGCGGGAGCGGCUGCGUGAAGCCCAGAGGGCUGCGACCCACAUCCCAGCAGCUGGAGAUGCCAGGUCGGUCAUCACCUGCCGUGUGGCUCUGCUGGAUGGCACCGACGUCAGCGUGGACCUGCCGAAAAAAGCCAAAGGCCAGCUCCUGUUUGAGCAGAUCAUGUAUCAUCUGGACCUUAUAGAAAGCGACUAUUUUGGAUUAAGGUUCAUGGAUUCUGCACAAGUGGCGCACUGGUUGGACAACACAAAAAGCAUCAAAAAGCAAGUUAAAAUCGGCCCGCCAUACUGUCUGCAUUUUCGUGUCAAGUUUUACUCGUCAGAGCCCAACAAUCUGCGUGAGGAGCUCACAAGGUAUUUAUUUGUUCUGCAGCUAAAACUGGAUAUUCUGAGUGGAAAGUUGGAAUGUCCUUUUGACACAGCCGUCCAGUUGGCAGCUUACAAUAUGCAAGCUGAACUUGGAGACUACGAUCCUGCUGAGCAUGUCCCUGAGCUGGUAUCUGAGUUCAGAUUUGUGCCUACUCAGACUGAGGAGAUGGAGCUGGCCAUCUUUGAGAAGUGGAAGGAAUGCAGGGGGCAAACACCAGCACAGGCUGAAACUAACUACUUAAACAAAGCUAAGUGGCUGGAAAUGUAUGGUGUAGACAUGCACAUAGUCAAGGCAAGAGACGGCAAUGAUUACAGCCUGGGACUAACCCCUACAGGAGUUCUUGUCUUUGAAGGAGACACAAAGAUUGGUUUGUUUUUCUGGCCAAAGAUAACAAGACUUGACUUCAAGAAGAACAAACUCACUCUUGUUGUUGUUGAAGAUGAUGAACAGGGGAAGGAGCAGGAGCAUACUUUUGUCUUUAGACUGGAUCACCCCAAGGCUUGCAAACACUUAUGGAAAUGUGCAGUGGAACAUCACGCCUUCUUCCGGCUCCGAGGUCCUGUCCAAAAAAGCUCAAGCAGAUCAGGCUUCAUUCGGCUGGGCUCCCGGUUCCGGUACAGUGGGAAAACAGAAUACCAAACCACCAAGACCAACAAAGCCAGGAGAUCAGCAUCCUUUGAAAGGAGGCCCAGCAAAAGAUACUCAAGACGGACACUACAAAUGAAAGCACAUGUUGCUAAACUUGAAGAAACGAGUUUCCCUAACAAUGCUGUUAUUACUCAGACCAAUGGAUCACAAAGUUGGAAUGUGAAGCCAAACUUACCUGUCCUAACAGCAGCAGUUCCUUCUGCCCCAGUCCUAGUGGAAAUAGAGAACCUCCCAAGGAGCCCAGGAGGCAGCCAGCAAGACAAGAAGUGGCCCUUUGACGCUGCCGACCGCUGCCAACGUGGUGGAAGCCUGUGGGACGCGCGGGCCCCGCCGAGGACCCACCCUGCAGAUGGACAGUACUCUGCUUUUGUUCAUGAGCACAAUGUGAAGAAUGCAGGAACGCAUAGCGGUGCUGUCACCUAUGCUGUCCAAGCCACCAUGACCAGUCUGUGAGAUGCCGGCCCUUCGGGAGCUUGAGGCUGCUCGGUAGCAGAGGCUGGAAAGUUGCAUUCAGAGCUGUCUGUGAUACGAGGCCACCGGUCCCAAAGAUGACUAGGAAAGGAAAUAAGCGUUUCUUAUGAAGGCUCUGCAUAUUGUGCUGUUGGUGUUUACACUUGACAGAAAAAUAACACGUAGGCUGCGGGUCGCCCGUCGCUCUUACAUUUUACAAUAUGUAUCUCCUUAAUUGUGCUAAGAUUUUUUUUAAUGAUAGCAAGAAUUUUAGCUGUUUUUAACUCUGCGAGCUGCACACAUUAGUAACAGCUGCACAUGCAACCGGUGGCUUUCAGUGUGGUUUCAAACAUCUUGAAGAAAUUGAUGCAACUGCCCCUUCGUUUGUACCGUGACUAUUUAAACGUAUCUAAGAUAGGUGGCUGAUCUGAAAACUAACUUUUUUUUUUUUAAAGAAGUCCACUUCUGAAACACAUUGUUUGAAAAUGGCAUAGAAUUAAUUAUUUUAAUUUUCUAAGAAUAAAAUUAGCAGAACUCCUGAAAAGGCAAAGAGUAAUAUUUCUGGAGAGGGGUUCUCCUCCAGGGAAUGUCUUAAUUGCUUUCCAGGAAACAUUCUGUCAUUCUUGCUGCUGUGUUGCUGUGCUGAAACAAAACAGAACUGUUUCCUGCCCACACACACCAGCCCUGCCGGGUGGUUCAUUGGCUUUGUUGGAAGUCAAAGACUCCACCGUGGUGGCUUCUCUCUGUUCUUGUGGCUCUUCAACCACACAGGCUUCUUUAUCCUUGAACUCUCUGUGUUCUCAUCUGUUUUCUGAAAUAAGUUGCUCUUAAAUUGCAGUAAUCUUUUUCUUACUGAAAAAAAGAAGGACAGUGAUGAUGAAGGGCUUGUCAAAUUCACUUCUAUUUGUCUUUUAGGAUGAAGAAGGUGUUUGAAUAAUUUUAAAAUUGCCAGUUGUUCACAGAGUCCAGAAAUACAAAAACAUUGUUUUCCUGUAUCCAACCCUGAAGAACUAAACCAAUAAGUCUGAGCUAGCAUAGAGCUGCAUAUUGCCUGAGGUAUUUUGGUCUCCUCACCCUUUUACCUGAGGAGACUGCUAAUGAAAUAGAAGGCUCUACUUCCAACCCUGCUGAGGAAAUGCAGCCUUCGUACAAAAGAUGUGUGGACCUACAGAGGUGAUGAGAGCAGCCCGCUGUCCUAAUUUUGGUUUUAGAUGUACGAUGUGGACUUGUUUAUUUAUGAAGCAAAGCAAACUACUUGUUUUUUUCCUUCAUUAUUUAUGAAGUUGCAUAGCUUAUUGUAGUGCAGCAUCCUAGGCUUCAGGAGCAUUAGCCUGGUUUCCACCAAGAUGACAACUCCCAGCAGCAAACUGAGAAAUGGUACCCAGUGAGCUGACACCUGCAGUACUUAGCUGCAUUUUUAAUGGAGCAGGUUCUGUGCUUCAGGAGUGGCAUGGGUGUCUUUCUAAACAGUAUGGUGGUGGCAGAGCUUUGCUUAAUGUCCAUAAGAUUUCUGUGCUUUUCCUGAAUACUGUGCAUUUUUGCGUAGGGAAAGAAAAUUUCUGUGUUGUCAUUCUUCAUGUGAUUUGAACUGCUGGUAUUAUUUGUCAGCUUUGCUUCAUAUACUCUGGUAGCAGUUGAUGCUGCAGACAUCAAGCAUCAUGAUGUGGGGGGCCUCAACCAGUGCAGCGUUCUUGGGAGAUCUCAUCCUUUUGACUUUCCUUCUGUAUCUGCUUUCUCCCUGUUGUGCUGCAGUACUCAGACAAGCAUUACAAGAUGACAGCAUUACUGGUGCUCUGCACCACCUCCCUUGCAUGGAGUUCUUAGGAGCUUAUGUACGCUUUGUUCUUUCAACACGUCGUGUCCUCAGCACCUCUGAAUAUGCUGCUGGCAAAAUCCUAUGCUGGUUGUCCUAUUCAACAUUUGGGAGACUACUUACAAAAAUCUGUCAGAAAAUGGGAAGAAAAGUGUUAGAAAACAUUCUCACUUCCGUGUGUAGUUAUUCUCUCUGAUGACGAGGUCCAGGAUUUGGUCUUGCUUCCUUUGUUGCCUUAAUUGGAAGAACAUCCAUUCCUGCCUUUUAGCUCAGUUCUAAUAAGUUCUUUCUAUCUGUCGUUCUACUCUUGGUAAGCAGCCCUGUGCUUCUUCCCAUCAAUGGUGCACACAGAGGCUAUACAUUUUCCUGUUGAAAUGGAUAUUUUCCUACUUUGUGCUAGCAGCUUUUCCAUCCAGUGCUUAAAGAAUCAAGCAAGUGACCUCAGUUUGCCUUGCAGCAAUUAAUUGCCUUAAGGUGAUUCAGACAUUUUGAGCAUUGAAAUGGUGGUAACCCACAGUCUGUUCCAGAGGUGUGUGUUUAACAUUGGAGGGAUUCUUUUGGGUGCUUCAGCUGAAGGGAGUUUGUUUUCCUGGAGCCUCUAGUGGCAACACUGGACUGCUUCCAAAUUCCAGGGGCUGGAGGGAAAGGGGCAUAAACCCAUUAGUAGAAGCUGAUCUGAGCAGUCCUGUAGGAGUGUCUGUCCCUGCUCAUGGUAAGUUCUGUGGUGGAUACUUGCUUGGUUUCACUGUUCUCCUCUUCGGAACUGGUCCAUCAAAAAUGAUCCAUUUUCUUACAUCAGUAUUACAGCCGUGCUGUAUGUAAAUGUGAUUGUUGACUGAAAGGAGUGACAAUCAAACUGCAGUUGUAUCCACAGGUUGUCUGGUUAACCAUUACAUUCCACAGCAGCUGCUGUGUCUGUAUGUGUCAGUUUGCUGUUAAAACAGAUUUCCUCAACUUGCAAGAGAUAGAUGAGAUUCCUGGCUGUUGGCACAGCAUAAGUAUCGUAAUACUGUUUCUGUUUCUGUUCUUCUUGGUGAGGUUUUUUUGUUUGUUUUGGACCUUGCCAUUUGCAUUGUAAAUACAGAUGGUAGGACAAAAUGAAAAGGAGCCAUUUCCUUUGGAAAGCAGAGGAGAGGAAAACAAGCAGUCGUAAGGGAUACAGAGUAGGUGCUGUGGUUCUCUUACAUAUGCUGACUGCUGAGGUUCCAUUCGUGUCUCUGCCCAAGUCAGUAAAACUGAAACCAGCUAUAGGUGUGUCUGAUGAUAGCACAGAAUUGGUGCAGGCCUGAGCAGUGGACCCUCCUGCCCUCUCCUUUCUACAACAGUUGGAGGAAGCACUGCACCAAGAAAUAGCAUUUUGUGAAGAAUAUCGGCUGUCUUCCUCUGCACUUUUGGUUUUCUCAUGUAAAAAUGCUAAAAUGUGGUGUGAGUCUGCUAGAAAAUCUCCAAACACUUAUUUCAAACGAAUGCAUUUACGAGGUAAGAACUUUCCUGUUUCUUAAAACAACUGGAGUCACUUGCAGAAGGAGAGCUAACAUAGUAUGUCGUGGUGCAUCUUUGCCUCCAGAAGGAGUGAGUAUGUGCUCUGGGCAGGGCUUAGCUCAAUAUGCUGGGCGAUUCACUUUCUCACAAUUAAUUGCUGUGUUUAUACAUUGUACAGAGGUUUUCACUGCAGCUUCUUUGUUUAAAAUCCCUGCAGAGCUGCUAAUGUUUACUUCAGACACUUUUUCCGGAAUGUGUCUGGUUCUCCAAAAGGAGCUAGAAGAAAAAAAGACUGCGUGUUAAAGCUUUUUUUUUUUUUAAUGUAGAAAGAUUGGUAACGGAAUUGUGCCUCUCUAUGCCCAACUUUGUGCCU